UACCAAGGAUCUUGCCAUUGCGGUGGAAUCAACUGGACGGCCAAAUUGAGUACUGCAGAGCAUGUUCUAUGCCAUUGCUCGACCUGCCAGAAGUUGGGUGGUGGUCCGUACAGUUGCAACCAGAUCAUUCCAAAAGACGAUCUCAAGAUUGUCAGUGGGACGCCGAAUGUGUAUACCUACACUGGCGCAUCAGGCAAGUCAGUACGGUGCUACUUCUGCGGCACCUGUACUUCUCACAUCUAUCACCAUCAGGAUGUGAUGCCUGAUAAGAUUAUCGUGCGUACACUCCUACUCGACGGAGGCCCUCAGAUGCCGGCUACUGGAGAGAUUUUCGGCGAAGGUAGAUUGAGCUGGGUCAGAGAACUGCAAGAUACUUUGAAGUAG